AUGAACACUUCAGAAGAGUUUCCGAUUGAAAAAUGCUCAGUCAAUUCGCUGUGGAAGUUAAUAGCAAAUUCCUCUGAAAAUGUCAGCAUUAUUUUGCCAUCAGGUUUUAUAUUCAACAAGAAUGAGCUUGGCCACAUUUAUGACUUCUACCUGCUUGGGCACAGUCUUAAAUUCACAGUCGCACCGAUUCUGCAGAUUAUCAUGGCUGUUUUCGGCAUAAUCGGAUCCGCUGGUAUUUUGAUCACCCUAACGCAUGAAAGUUAUAGUCAACGCAUUGCGUUCAAGAGCUUUAUGGUCGCUCUCGCUGUAUCGGACAUGAUGUUCAACGUGUUUGGAAUACCGUUCACCAUUAUUAGUACCACGUCCAGCUCAAACGGCACUCAGUGGGCAGCGUUGCCAUAUAUGCUGCUGGUAACUGUGGGCGUUAUUAACGUUUCUUCUCUGUUCUGUAACUUAAACUCGUUGUGCCUCACCCUCACAAGGUACGUGAUGCUGGUGAAGCCCUUCUAUUGGAAGACUAGAAGCAACGCGUGGAAACGGUGCUUUUUUAUGUCCUGUCUGAUACUGAGCCUCUCAAUGGCUCUCUUAAGGCUGUACCUUCCGCUGCAGUAUCGAGUCAAGGUUGUUAACGAAUCAUCGGCCGGUGAGAAAUUGUACGCAUUCCGUCGUUCGGCAUUUGACGAAACCCCGCUAUAUCGAGUUAUGGGUUUAGCAUGCGACAUCGUACUGCCGUUGAGUAUAUCUGUUCUGAUGCUCUAUCUGUCCAUCAAAAUCGUUUUCAUUGUCAUGAGGCGAAGGAAGAUAUUGCCAUCUGUCGGUUCGACUUCCCUGGCAAGCUGCGUGACAGAAAUCGCCGUUGGUCACCAUAUGAAAGUGAAGCACUCGAGCAGCAUCAAUAAGCUCAUCUUCUGCACGGCGGCCAUGACCAUAUUGUGCGAAGUCGCCUACAUCUAUCUGUGGUUCUUGACCUUUUUCCUCGAUCAGGAUUCGCUGUCCGCUGAAGGCUGCGCUGAUGUACACCUGGUCCGAACCAAACUCCGGAAUUAUGUCUUGCAUCUUAUUUCUGCAAUCGUCGGCAAUGCGGUUGAGACCUUUGUCAGAAUGUGUCAUUUCUACAACUACAUGAUAUUCAGUUCCGUUUUUCGUAAUCAGUUCGUGGAACAGAUCAAAUGUAAAAACUAA